AACACAAGGGCUCUGGCAAGGAGCUCCGGGGCGGAGACCCAGCGAAGAGCGACAGGACGAGGAGUCAUUCGGGGUUAGAAUAUUCCGCUUGGGGGGGUGGGGAAAGGACAUAUUCACUGCCAACCCGGCGACGAGGCUGGGCCUGAGGCUGCCCACAACCCAGGAAAACAUGGAGCUGGAGAAUAUCGUGGCCAACACCGUCCUGCUGAAAGCCAGGGAAGAAGGCUGUUCGUGAUGACAAGGCCGCUGGAGCCUUCCGCCUGGACCGGUCAUUCUAGUGGGUCUGGGGCGGUGGCAACCGGAAGGGAAAGAGUAAGAAAUGGAAGCAGAUGCUCCAGUUUCCCCACAUAACCCAGUGCGAGGAGCUGCGGCAGAGCACAGAGAGGGACUACCACAGCCUGUGUGAGCGCCAGCCCAUCGGCCGAACGCUCUUCCGGCAGUUCUGUGACACCCGGCCCGAGCUGAAGCGCUGUGUCCAGUUCCUGGACUCCGUGGCAGAGUACGAAGUCACCCCAGACGAAGAACGAAGGGACCGAGGACAGCAGUUGAUAGACCGAUACUUCAGCUUGACGUCAGACGACCAUGUCCCCGAGAUACCGGACGAGCUGGUGACCAAGUGCAUGGAUGGCCUUCAGAAGGAGGCCUGUAAGGACCUUUUCAAGGAGUGUACCAAGCUCAUCCACGGCUGCCUGAGCGAGGCGCCCUUCUCCGACUACCUGGAGAGCAUGUACUUCAACCGGUUCCUGCAAUGGAAGUGGCUGGAGAGACAGCCCGUGACGAAGAACACCUUCCGGCAGUACCGGGUACUGGGAAAGGGAGGCUUCGGGGAGGUCUGUGCGUGCCAGGUUCGAGCCACGGGGAAGAUGUACGCCUGCAAGAAGCUGGAGAAGAAGAGGAUCAAAAAGAGGAAAGGGGAAUCCAUGGCGCUGAACGAGAAGCAGAUUCUGGAAAAGGUCAACAGUCGGUUUGUAGUGAGCCUGGCAUACGCCUACGAGACGAAGGACGCCCUCUGCUUGGUGCUGACCCUCAUGAAUGGCGGUGACCUGAAGUUCCACAUCUAUCACAUGGGCGAGGCCGGGUUCGAGGAGAAGAGGGCUGCUUUCUAUUCUGCUGAGCUGUGUUGUGGCCUGGAAGAUCUCCACCGGGAGAGGAUAGUGUACAGAGACCUAAAGCCUGAAAACAUCCUAUUAGAUGACUAUGGCCACAUUCGCAUCUCGGACCUCGGGCUGGCCGUCUACGUGCCGGAGGGCCAGACCAUCAAAGGUCGAGUGGGCACCGUGGGAUACAUGGCCCCAGAGGUAGUAAAGAAUGAACGCUACACCUUCAGCCCAGACUGGUGGGCGCUGGGCUGCCUGCUCUAUGAGAUGAUCGAGGGCCAGUCGCCUUUCCAGCAGCGCAAGAAGAAGAUCAAGCGCGAGGAGGUGGAGCGGUUGGUGCGGGAGGUGGAGGAGGAAUACUCAAGCAAGUUCUCUGAGGAUGCCAGGUCCCUCUGCAGGAUGUUGCUGGCCAAGGACCCCAAUGUCAGGCUUGGCUGUCAAGGUGGUGGGGCUGCGGAGGUCAAAGCCCACCCUCUCUUCCGGUCCAUAAAUUUCAAGCGUUUGGAGGCAGGCAUGCUUCAAGCCCCCUUCAUCCCCGACCCGCAGGCCAUCUACUGUAAGGAUGUGCUGGACAUAGAGCAGUUCUCCACCGUCAAGGGGGUGGAGCUGGAACCCAAGGACAGCUCCUUCUACCACAAGGUCUCCACGGGCAGUGUCUCGAUCCCCUGGCAAAAUGAGAUGAUCGAGACUGAGUGCUUUAAAGAGCUCAACAUGUUACCUAUGGAUGGAUCAAUACCUCCUGAUAUGGACUGGAGGAACCAGCCGUCACCCCCACCCAAAAAAGGGUUGCUUCAGAGGCUCUUUGGGCAACAAGGAUGCUGCGGGGACUGCAGUGACAGCGAGGACGAGCCCACAAGACUGUGAGAUCCAAUUCCACCAUGAGCUGGCCUGGCCCCUCAGAGGAUCCAAUAUGUUUACAAAUUUUGCACAUUUGUAUUUUUAAAAUAGAACUAUCUAAAUAUGGGAAUGUAUAUUUUCAGUAUAUAGCCAUACAGUAUAUGUUAUUUAAAAACUAAAAAUACAAAAAAAAAAAAUGAUGCCGUCCAUCUACCUAGGGUUUGGCAAACAAGCUGUAGGUCAGCGAUGCUAAACGUCGUCUCGUCUCAAGUUCCCUCUUUGUGAGUAGUCAAUUCUGCAGGCUUUUAAAUAUUUGUUCUUUUUUAAAAAAUUUUUUUUUAUAAUGGCCGUUUUUUGCAAAGCAAAGUGAUUCGCAUGCUCAAAACUAAUGUGUUUCCCAAACGCAAUGCACUCGGCAGAAGGGGAGUGCUGUUUAACGCCAUUUAUUAUUUUUUUGUUACAGUGAGAUUUCAAUUUAAUGUGAGGAACUGAUGACUGGGUAUCUGCUGUAGGCCUUUUGUAAUUUUCAUAUUAUUUUUAUUCUUUUAUUUGGGUAAAUUUUUUGUUUGCUCGUUCAUCUUAAGCUAGUGUGCCAUAAUUGCCCGACCCACGAGUGCCAAAUCACCGCUUGCCCGCUAUUUGGUUAAGCCAGUUGUUAUAAAACCGCAUCUUCCCCAUUCCAUUUUCGUUAUCAUCCGGGCACUAUUAUAAUAGUGAGUAGCAUUUACAGGAAGUAAAUUACAGUGAUUUUUUUUUUUUUUUUUUUUUUUUAAAUUUUAAGCAUUCUGAAGCAUACAGUUUGAUGUCUGUCCAAAACACAGUCAACAUGUAUUUUUACAUGUCGUGCAUUUCAAGGGGUGUGCGGAGCUGACAGGCUUUACUCCUGACCAGUUAUCCCACCCCAACAUUGCAAGCAAAUAAGUUCCCUGUGUCUAUACAACCUAUACCGUUUUCGAUCUGCGCCCACACUCUUCAGGUAAUUCACCUCUACCUCGGAAGCACAUUCCUCAGUCGGUCUUCUGUUGUGGUCCUUCACUCUUUGUUGAGUCACUUUUAGGCAAUUCGGGGCCUAGUUCCUUUAUGUGCAGGAGGAAUAUCUUAGGAUGGUUGGCUUAUGUUUCUAGGUCACGCGGACUGAGUUCGCACGUCUUGGCGCAACGCUGUGUGAGACGCUUUCCCAACUGCAUUCCUACUUUCGUUUGGUCGAUUCACUCGAUGUCCUGUUUAUCUCAUUCACUCUCUAGGCCAUGAAACGUGGAAUUUCUGACUCGACACCUUCAUGGCCCUAUUUUUUUUCCCACCCCUGCUAUUUGCAGUAUGAUGUGAUAUCCACCGGUGAAAGAAUCUCCUUGCCACUAGUGUUUUUUUGAAACAUUCUAGUUGGGAAAUGCCUUAAUGUCAUCGACAACGUAUUAAUGAUGCCAAAUAUGUACCUGCAUUCUCCCCUGGGAGGUGCAGGGCCAUUAAAAUCCUUAGACACUGCGGCCUGAUGUUAUGUCCAAGCCGGAAAUUUUGCGGCGCACUUCCUUGUUUUAAACGCGUCAUGUUGAAUUCGUUAUUUACAUAUUUACUUUCUGGCCAUCGGCAGGUCCUGCUUGAGAAGUAGUGGAGUGGUAUAACUUAUUCUGCGAUGGAGUUAAGAGAUCUCUGUAGCUCUCUCUGCGACUAUCUGGAUUCCGACCACGUUAAUUUAGGCCUUCGCUUACUUUUCGUCUUCAUCUGAGUAAGACUGGAGUGCUUUGUCAUCAGUACCUGCAGCCAUGACUCUUUGAAUUGCAGAAGCUCUUAUGGGUUUAGAGAAAGGUUGCCAGUCCACUUGAACCUGUCAGCUACUGGCCUUUUCAGCAACCUUGUGCCACGUUUGUCUGAGUACUUAUCACAGCCAGCAUCUGAGGACUGCCUAUCAUUCUUUUGACAAAGCCUCAAUGUUCAAUUCAUGUCCGGGCAGUGGUGACUAACCCUCUUUGCGUCUGCAAGAGUCCGAAAUCGUCGGUGCCAUCAGCGGUUACCCGUCUGGCCUCACUCCCUCUUGACAGAAGUUGGAUCCAUGCACAAAACGGUCUUUGUCCAGCUUCUUCAGAAGGCCUGACUGUGGGGUUAGGGUUCCCACCCAACACCACAGAUGAAGCACUUUUCUGGGGCGUGAUAGUCUAAGCCCACAAGGCUGCCAUCAGGGUUCAGUGAAUGCUUAGUUUUGUUCUGAAUCUUAAAUCGAUUUAGUGUUACCUUGGAGCCUCACAUCUGAUAUCACUGCAGUCGUCUAAUUUUGUGAAAAUCAGAUAUAAUUUUGGAGUCUGCUUUAAGCUAUGACGGCUAAUCAAGCAGGAAUAUCACACGAUUUAACCGGCCAACAUUUGCUAGUUCGGCCAGCUUUCACUUAACUUUCAUGGAGUUGUUUCUCGUUGCCCAAGAACUCAUCCUGAAUACAUAACUUGUUCCCUCCUCUUAUCCACUUUGAUGGCUUAGUUUGGAAGCAACCCAAGUCUUAGGCUUCAGUAACCAUAGAACUGCCUAUCCAGUCAAGUAUGGGUUGUAAGCCUAUACUGUUAGGAAAAAAAGAGUACUAACUUGUACCUUUGCUUGUGCCCUCAAGGGUCUCCCAAUUGUGCCCUGUACCUGUAUGUAAUUGUACCUAUUAUGGUACAGAAAUGGACACUGAGGAACAUCCCCAUGGUACAAAUAGCAUUAAUGUACCCCCAAUGGUACAAAUAUGUUAAUCAUAGACCAUUUCUGGAUCUUAAAAGGUACAAGCACCUACAGGUAAGGGUACAAUUGGCAGACCCUUGAGGGUACAGCCCCAGUGACAAGCAAAGGGCCAAAUGGUUAUUAUUUUUUUUCCUGAAUGUACUGACCUUAAUAUUAUUUGACUUUCUCAACUUCUUUCCGCCUCCCUUGGCUAUUACUAUAUGAAAUCACAAAAUCCUUGUGCCUCUUUUUGGUCCACUGGUUUCCACCUGGCAAAACCAGACCUUUCCCUGGGAUUCCUCGUUCCCAGAUCAUUGCCCAGUCCACUAGUGACGUCCCGGAUGGCAAAAUCAGUUUCUGUGGGACUCUUGCGGGUGUCGUUCACUCAGUUCUGUUGACGAAACUUGAAAUGGUGCCUUGAUUUCAACCCCUAAUUGAUGGGACGUUUGAUGACAUAACAUUCCAGAGAAGUGAUGAAAUAAGAUGACCGGACUCAUUACAACCUUGUUUGAAUGUCAAUUCAGAAGAAACUGAACUCCGCACAUUGAACAGCGUAAAGGAUUUUACUCCUAAAAGUACAUAUCUCAUUGUAAGCUAGUUCGUUGCAUAAUCGUGGCAGUAUUCAAACACCCUGGGACAAACCUUCGUGCUCAGUCAUACAAGGACAUUGACCAUAUAUGGUGUAAGCACCAUGACGGGCAUAUCAGUACUUUAAGUUGACCAGUAAACAUCAGACUACCUCUUAGUUCUAUGUUUGAUCACUCAUCUUCCAAGAGCAUCAACUUUGUGGGAUAUCGGAGCCAGUAGACAAUCAAAACGACAUGAUGAUUAUAACAAUAAAAACACUAUAGUAUACAGCUUUCAAGCAAUAAUAUAGUUUUCUUAUCCCAUGCGCCAUCCUCCUUGCAGUUGUAUGUAGCUAGAUCGUUUUCCGAAUAAUGGCAAACCGUCAAAAAGAAAAAGGAAAAAAUGCACAGCAAAUCUAUGAAAGUGAGCAUCCUGGCACUUAGCUUUGCAAAAAGAAAGGAACGUGAUCGCAGUUUGUAUUUCGAAAAGCACAGACACUGUUUAACACUUCUGCUUUAGCAGUAACAUAGUAUACCAGAAAGCACGGGCGGGAAUAGAUGUUAACGUUACAUUUUUUGUUUUUAUCGAAGUUUGUGGUUUCCCUCCCGUCGACCUGACGCCAAAAUUCAGUAAUGUGUCAAAGUAACUCUCGUUCUAGAAUUUUCAAUUAUUCAUGAACUUAGUCUUUUUUAACGGUGUCCAGUUACAUUUAAAGCCGGUCUCUUGUUUCUAAACAUUGUUUCAGUUGUCUGUUUUAAACUGUUAAUGUACUUUUUAGACCUUUUUCAUUGUUAUUGUUAUUCAUUCACAGACUUGAGGAAGUGAGGUUUGGCUUUGGUUUGGUGAGGGUUGAUUGGGCGAUUAGUAAUUGGGUAUAACAUCCCCCCCCCCCCCCCCCAUUUCUUUUGUAAUAAUUAAUUUCCCUAAUUGGGUUUAUUAGCAAAAUUAGACCUGUAAAAUUGUGCAUAUAAAAAUGUAAUUGAUAAUUGCAGCCAUGUAGAUAUAUACUUUUUUUUUUUGGAAAAUUGUAAGGCUUUUAUAAUUUAUUCAUUAGUAAGAGUAUGAAAAAGCAAUUUAUUUUCUGCUUAACUUCAGGCGUUCAUUUUCUACGUACACCUUUCAAUGUGCCUUUUCCUUUUUUCUUUUUAAGGAAUCAUUUAAUUAGUGUUUUCGUUUCACUGCAGGGUGGGGGGAAUUGCCAGCUGCAUGGCGUGCCGGUUCCCCCCGCGCCUGACUGAGCUGUGAUUACAUGUGCAUCGCCUCCCGAUAUCAGGACAGCGUGACACUUCUUGCCUUUUUUUUUCCUCCUGAUUUUCUUUUCUCCUUUUUAAAUUUUUUUUUUUUAAAUAAAUUAUCCAUGACUGAGCCAGUAAGAGGAUAAUACUGGGGAGACUGGGACAAAUUCCGGUGUGCUCUGGAAGUUAUUAAUCCUCAAAAGAGGGAAAUAAAAGCAAGUCCUUCUGUCGGUCAGAUUUCCCAUCUCAGAUUUUAACUUGACUACAUUCCAAUUUUUGCGGUACUGUACAGUGUAUAAAUGAUCCUAAUUUUAUUUAGCAAUAAUGGUUUUUAAAUGUGUAUAUGUAUAUAUAAAAAACUAAAUACUAGACUGAAAUGAUUUCUCCCUUUGCUGUGUGUUGCUACUCCUGAGUCGGGCUUUAACACUGUGAAGUACGUAUGAGGUUAUGCGUGUGACCUGUCACGCCUGCCCCCAAAUCACUCUGCUAUGCACUGAUUUAGCACGUGUGUCUGUGUGUGGUGUACAUGCGUGUUUGCCCCGUUGUGUAAUAAGCGUGCUUGUUGUGUUCAUGACCGUUUAGGAGAGCCCUGUCUACGUUCCUGUGAAUUGAAAUGACUGCACACCCAGCACACCCCCUCGAAAAAAUAAAUAAAUAAAUAAAUGUAAUUAAAUAUUUAAAAAAUGAGACCUUAAGCACAAAGACACAAGUUUUGGGAUUGGUACCGUUUCAGGAGUAUCGCAUCACAAAACCCCUCCCUUUUACCUCACUUUAGCGGCACAGUUACCCCAUAAUGACCACUGGGGGCAGCAUAGAGUUCGCUUUCUGUUUCACCUGAGCAACUUCCUAUAUGUAUCUCACGUCCGUUACUUGUCGUAGGAGAGCAUAUCCUCUCGCUAGAAUUUUUAUGUUCCGUUUCGGGAGUCUUUCAAUAUUCGUUAUGUUAGGAUAACUGAAUUGUAUCGCUUUUGUUUCAUUUCAGUGUUACUUUCAUAUGUGAUGCCCUUUUCAUUGACUUUUCCUUUUUAAUAUGUAAUAAAAAUAUCCACCGGCCAAUUACAUGGUCCGUAGGCUACAAGAAAGUAUUUUCCUAAUAAAACUUUGGGCCUCUUAUUAAUGUGACUGUGAGUCAGAUAUAUAUCGUACGUAUAUAUGAAUCUAAUAUAGAUUUUUAUAGCUGCCAGGUUACAUGUUAAAAAUAUGUAUAAUCCAAGCAAAAAAAAAAAAUUCUUUACAUGGAGAAUUUUAGUAAUUGUUUGCCAACAUGUUCUUGUCCGUGCUGUCUGCCGUUCUGCCAAGUUUAUUUUGUGCGUCCUUUCUCACUGGAAGCAGAUACUUAAAAAGAUGAUGCGACCGGAGAGCUGAGCCGUACAGUGUGAAUGGCAGUGUGCUGAGCCUAAUACCCAUUAAAGGGAGACUUAAUAAUAUGGAGAUGGCUAUUUAAUAAUGUGGGGCUUGCUCCACGGACAUCCCACAUUCGGUUUACUGAUUUUGCGGAGGCAGAUGAGGGAAGAACUGUGAGGGGCCGGCUAGGCCUGGAUGGUUUUACAAUACAUAACAUGGCAUUUUUGUUCAAACAUACCUCAAACCCCCCCCGUCAUAAUUUAUGGGGAAAUACCAGCGUAGCAUUGCUUUUAUAAAUACCAGCGAAAUACUGUACAGCACAAUCAAAUGUCUGGGCAGAAUGACAGUUUGACGGUACUGAAAAUUAGGUGCCGCCAUUGGUUUCUGCUGGCUGGCGAGGUACUGGGAGCUGCUGUGAAUUCGCGGGAGAUCUUCCAGUGGAGGUGGGAUGUCUGGCUAUUUAAUCUGAGGCUAGUGCGCUUGGUUCACAGGGUAAUCUGUGCUUCCUGCGCCAUGUUUUGCGAGCAAUGGCCGUGAUAGUAGUCUGUUCACUUUAUACGGCAAACGUGGUGCGUGAUGUCAAGGAAGUGAUGUCGUCGAGGUUGGGGCUAUGGGGCUUGAUGUCGGCUAAGAUCUGAUUCAUGGCGAGUGCUGCUCGAUAUUUAUUUCUGUUUUUCUUUCUUUCUCUCUUUCUUUCACUUCCCCGAUUGUAAAUGUAACAUUUCGGCCAGGAUGACGUACUGCCCAUAUUGGGGGUGGGGGGGACACUCAUGCGUGAGAUGUUUUGAAUCUAGCCCCCCCCCCCCCCCCCCCCACCCCGAGGCCUCUACCAGUUGGGGGUUUCUCCUUCUGAAUGAACUCUGGGAAGGCCCGUAUCGUGCCAAAUGUUUCUUGACUCGCAUGAACCGCUGGCGUUUAUUUAAUACUUUUAGCUCAUGGCUAAAAGCCUUUGCGAAUGUUUUUUUUUUUUGUUUCUUUUUUGCCUUUGAAAUGGAGACUGAACUCCCUUUAUUGGGAAUCCGGUUUCUCUCCGUGUGUGUACAGUGCGCACCUGUGUUCCCUAAAUGGACAUGACAUCUGCAGGGAACAAUAAAGGAGGCCGGUGCUGUAUUGUUCGUCGAACGUAUUAGCAUUCCAGCGUCAGAGCUUCCCGGCCGUAAGGGGGGACACACAAGAUGCGUCUGCCCCCAGAUAAGGAAGCAACAUUAUCCUUUAAAAAUUAGUCCCUACCACCGACUAAUGACACCAUUAGUGACCACCACUGACCAUGACCUCAUGACCAUGACCUCAUCGCUGAACCAUGAACGUGUGGUGUGGCAUUUUAGCUUGUCGUCCUUCUCUGUUUCCUUUGGUUUAGUGGUAGCCUGCUGAAACGACGAUAAUAAAGACACUUAUACUGUUUUUCUGCAUGUUUAAGUGCCACGUUGGCAUGCCUUGUGCCUUCUGUUGGUUGUGCUUUUGGUCCAAAUGAAAAAGCGUAAGAACAGCGUUGAGUAUCUUUCUUUUUGGCUCGGAGCGGCAGUUCGUGUCCACUCGCUUCUUCCGGAAGGUUCCAGCCCGUCCGUUCUGCUAGCAGGCCGAGGUAGGGAAAUAUGCCAGUCAACUGAGUGCUCAGCUCUUCUGUAGGAGUCAGUAAACUGUUCCCUUGGAGAGCCGCUGACUGCGAUGGCUGCCGCGGUGACCGCGUUGAUAACAGCGCUCAUCCGAAACGUGCAUCCAUCUCUACUGUUCAUCUGCUGGGUAGCACAGGUGUCGACAGAUAACUUGACGGUGCCUCUGACUGAACAUUUGUGAUUCACACUGACUGUGUGAUUCACCUUCCAGUUGGAAAAAUGUGUGUGUGUGUGUGUUUGUGUCUGUGAGCGUUCCUCCCUUUGCUUAUUCAUCCAUUUUUUUUUCAAUAAAAAAAAAAAAUGUAAUACUA